AGGAUUCAAACUCCUCCACAAAGCCGAGUGAUCAGCUGGCGGGACACAGGCGCUCGUGUGUGUCUGGGAUUUUAAAGCAAUUGUUCUUUGCAAUAUGAUCAGCUUAGACCAUCUGCCGCCACCUCCGCCUUUGGGGUUUGUAACAGCUUACGAAAAUGAUGGUCGCUUGGGGGCAAGAGAGGCCUGUCAAGCGCUCAGUACAGCAAAAUCGUGGCUUGGAGACCAGUUCAAUGAAGUAGUUGUUGGACAAGAGCCAGUGCGCACGGCCCACAAUAAACAGGAAGCACGAGAUGCAUUUUAUGCACACACAGAGACACCCUGGCAACGUGUUAUGUCAGCAUACUAUGAAGAGGGAUGGGAAGCAGCCUUGCAAGAGAUGGUGAGGUGCAAUAAUGAGAAAAAUAUGCCACAAGCCCUGUCGACUAUUGCCUCUCUUAUCCUUAAUGGACUAGGGCUCAUAGCAAAAGCACAAGCCCUUUUGCCAUCUGCAAGCAUUAAUGGCAGCUUGGCCACAGCCGAUGCACGCAGUCCAGGGGGAAGUGUAGUGAGUGUAGAAUGGCAUCCUCACACAAACACCCUGGCAGCUGUCUUCUGUGAUGAUACUGUGAGGGUGUUUGCUGCAGGACGAAGCAUCACACCACUCCUGAAACAUCGUUUGCAGAAGUCCAUUACUCAGGUUGCAUGGAUGCCCUUUUCAGCUUCCCUCCUGGCAGUGGGUUGUGAGUGUGGGGUGUUACUGUGGACUCUGGACCCUGUUAAUGUGGUAACACGACCAUCUGGAUCAUGUGUAACCCUCCUUGCACAUCCCAGAGUGACACCCAUAACCUCCCUGUCAUGGCAUCCUAAGGGAAACUUACUUGCCUGUGUAGGAGGCAGCAACAGUCAACUUGUAGUAUGGGAUGUUGGCCGAGAGGAGUCUGUUGUGGUCCAUAGUGGAAUGGGAGCACCUGUGUGCCCGAGUUCAACUCGUGCAAUAGCAAGAAGCGUCACCGCACAACUGGACGUACGAACAGUGGAGCUUGGAAUCUCCCGUUCAGUCGGCCGUUUGGUCAAGUGCCGGCCACCUCCUGCUGUUGUAACCCAAGAUGACCCUCUGAUGUAUUACCUGGGCUUCAUCCCAGGUGAAGGAGUGGGGGGAACGCAAGUCGCAGCGCAGAUUGCCGACCUCACUCCCACUCAGGUUGGGCCCAGUGAACAGUUGGCUUGGGACCCCAGAAGUGAACGCUUAGCAGUAGUGUUCCGUGAUACUGAAUGCGUAGCUCUGUUCCACACCCACACUCACCCUUCAUUGCACUUGGCACCUGGUGGAUUUAUAAGAGGAGAGCCAGGGCACAUUCCAGUCAGCAUCAGUUUCCAGCAUAGUUUAAAUACCGGAGCUGUCCUCUCUGUGGUAAGGAGAGUUCUAGUCACGGAAUGCUUGAUUUCACACUUAAGAAGUUUAUGAGUGAUAUUCUGUAGUG